GCAGCUGUUGAACGAUCUCGCCAAAUUGAUAGAAAUCUUAAAGCAGAUGGCGAGAAGGCUUCAAGAGAAGUGAAACUUUUACUUCUAGGCUUGAUUAAUCCUAAUCUUCCCGGACGUUACGGUAACGACAUCCCCAAUUCGAACACAAAAAUACCCUAAUUUCACAAAUACCAUAAUUCGAACACAAAAAUACCCCAAUUUGAACACAAAUACCAUAAUUCGAACACAAAAAUACCCCAAUUCGAUCACAGAUAUCGUAAUUCGAACACAUAUGGCAUAGUUCGAACUUUGCGCUGGGGAGUCUGGAAAGAGUACGAUUGUCAAACAAAUGAAAAUUCUCCACGAAAACGGUUACACAAAAGAUGAAUGCAUCCAGUACAAACCCGUCGUUUAUAGUAACACUGUUCAAUCUCUCAUGGCCAUCGUUAGGGCCAUGUCUCAGCUCGAUAUCCCAUUUUACGACGAAGAAUUAUAUCAAGACGCCAGGCAGCUAUUCGUACUAUCCAAUAACAUGGACGACGGCCGGGAAAUGAAACGAGAACUGGCAGAUAUCAUGAAAAAGCUAUGGAAGGACUCUGGUAUUCAAAGGUGUUUUCUAAGAUCUAGGGAAUACCAACUCAACGAUUCGGCCCAAUAUUAUCUAGACUCUUUGGACAGAAUAUCUGCCCCAGGAUACGUGCCAACCGUUCAAGAUGUUUUGAGAACGAGGGUUAAAACCACCGGCAUCGUCGAAACCCAAUUUACUUUCAAAAAUUUGCAUUUCAAAAUGUUCGAUGUAGGUGGUCAAAGAUCCGAGCGUAAAAAAUGGAUUCACUGUUUUGAAGGUGUAACGGCCAUCAUAUUUUGCGUAUCAUUGAGCGGUUACGACCUGAAAUUAGCGGAGGAUGAUGACACGAAUAGGAUGAAGGAAAGCAUGAAACUUUUCGAUUCUAUAUGUAACAACAAAUGGUUUGUCGAUACCUCAAUCAUCCUCUUCUUGAAUAAAAAGGAUUUGUUUCAAGAAAAGAUUCAAAAAUCUCCCCUUAAUCAAUGUUUCCCCGAAUAUUCGGGUCCUAACACCUACCAAGAAGCCGGCGCCUACAUCCAGCACAAAUUCGAAGCCUUGAACAAACGUUCCCUUCAAUAUUCACAAAUUAAUAACGGCACCAACGGCCAUCCCAGAACUGAAAAUUUCAAGGAUAUAAGGGAGAUAAAUGUUGGAAGCAACGAUAAAGAGAUAUACGCUCAUUUUACUUGCGCAACGGAUACGGAAAAUAUAAGAUUCGUGUUCGACGCUGUCACGGACAUCAUCAUCAAAAACAACCUUAAAGAAUGCGGAUUAUUUUGAAAGGAAGAUAAAAUACUUUUAAAUUGUAAUUUUUUGAAUCCUCAUAAACGAGAAAUGAAUAAAUGAAACUUUUCGCUUUAAAAUAAUUUUAAAAACACUUGAAACCUUAUUAGGGUUAAAUCUUAAAAUAUAAUGUAUGUAUGUAUUACUAUAUUAUAUGAUAUUUAUUUUUUUGACCAUUAUACUUAUGUUAUUAUUAUAUUGAAAGGUUAUUAUCCAACAAAGAUUAUGUAUUUUUAUAUAUAUUAUUAUGAUUGACACUCUAGAGACAUUCCACCAUUCUCCUAGCUUUUAAUAUUAAAAUUUAGUAGAGUAAAACAAAAAAUUUAGAAUCUCUUGAAUAAAAAACAAUGAAUUUUUGAACUUGAACGGUUGGUAAAUAUCUGGCUUGUAACUUUAAAUUUUUAUUUAAAAAAAAAAUUUAUUUUCAUAAGCAUUUUAUUUACAAAUAUAUGUAGUCAGCCAUCAAAUGUUUUCCAAUAUUUUUUUAUAAUUAAUUUCGAUCUCUAUUGAUUAGAAAGCUCAUUUAAAAUACUAGUUACAACACUCGCUUGGCUAUUAGUCUCUUCGGAGUCAAGCUUGUGAUAAAUUUAGACCAUUUUUAAACUAAAACUUUUAAACAGUUAUUUAGAGUUCUUCGAAAUUUUAGUAAUUAUUCCCCUUGUUUUUAAAAGGAACGACUAAAUAAAAUUUAAAAUGAUAGUACUGAUUUAAACCAAAAUGCUAUAUAUAAAAAAUGAUUACCUUUUGUAUUCAAGGAUUAUAAAUUUUCAUCGUAUCUUAUGACAUUUA